AUUGACUCACAUCAUCUUUCUUUCAUCUUUAUUAAAAUUUAGAUUGACUCUGCUCUACAUUCAAGAUAAAUUUUAUUUUACAAAAUGUUAUCAGAAUUAAAUUUAUCUUGUUUAUUUCAAGAAACUAUUCCAGAAUCUCCGAAUCCUGAUGAUCAAAAAAUCCCUUGUGUCAUCACUAAAUAUUUAAACUAUAAUGAAAUAUUUGUUCAAUUCAAAAAAUAUCGAGAUUCCUUUGCUCAAUUAUCGAGUGAUAUGCAUGCAUAUUACUGUGUUAAAUCUUGGAAUGAAAUGGUUUUUAUUGAAAAAGCAAGCAAUGAACAAUUGAUAAAAAAUCUUUUUAUAUAUCAUGAUCAUCAUUAUGAUUUGUAUUUACGUGCGAAAAUACUUGACUUAUUUGCAGGUCGAAAGUAUCGCGUAUUAUUUCUGGACCUUGGAUAUGAAUACAUUGCCGAUAAAAAUGAUUUAAUUUUGAAUGAUAAUCCUGAAUUUCUGAAAUUACCAAUUCAAGGAUUUCAAUUUGGUCUUCGAUUAGAUGAUGCAGAUUAUCAGAUGAUUGAACAUCAUCCGGAAAAAUCAGAAUUCAAUCUUGCUGUACAGAAAAUUGUUCUAUCAAGUAGUGAUUUUUGGAUUUCAUUUUCAAAAAAUAUGGACCAAUGUAAAGUUAAUGUCUUUUGUAAACAUCAUGAUCAAAUUAUUGAUUUGGCAAAAUUUAUCAAAUCAAAGAUAAAUUCUAAGACUGAAAUGGUCGUUACUAAAAACGGCGCCACAAAUUCAAAUGUUAAAUCAUCUGAAAAAGGCAUUGAUGGCCAUCUUUCAGAAUCAAUUAUAUCAUCAUCAUCCAUAAUGAUUGUUCAUCCUUUACUUUGGGAAUCAUAUGCUCAAUUCGUUAUGAAAGUUAAACAGGUGACAUCACCAAAUGAUUUCUAUUUAAAAUUCAUUGCCGAUCCGGAUUAUCAAAAAUUCAAAGCAAAAUUACAAUCUUAUAUGACCAGUAAUUCAAUUCAAAGAAUUAGCGCUCCUAAAAUUGGACAUGUAUACGGUGCUAUCGCUGAUCAUCAUCGUAAUAAAUAUAUUCGCGUAUUCAUACUAUCAUUUGAUGAUAAGACAAAUGAAUACAAUUGUUUUGAAAUGGAUAAAGGAAUGGAUGCUUUCUACAAGUCAACACAUUUGUAUAAAAUCCCAGAAGAUCUUGCUACAUUUCCAGCACGAUCUGUUCGUGCCUCCCUUUACGGUGUUGUGCCAAAAAAUAAUGAAGAAUGGAAUAUGGAAACCACUAUGGAAUUGCAACAAAAAAUUUGUGAACAGAAAGCAGAAGUUAUAACCAUGGAAUUUAAUCAUGAGAAACAUUUCUUAAAAUGUUCACUAAUCGUUGACGAUAUUAAUGUUGGCGAUUAUUUAAUUGAAAAUGGUUAUGCCGAUAUCGAUGGAUGAGCAAACAUCAUUGGCCAGCCAAUUUAUAUAUGUGUAUAAGUUCGUUUAUCAUAACCCUUAAAUUAAUGUAGAAUAGUUGUCAAUUAACAAAAUGAAAAAAACCAGAUUUUCUUAGUAUGGAGAUAAUAAUUAAAGUUUAAAUUUUUACUCCAGAAUAAGACUAAAAAAAAUUCCAUAUUAGAAUUUUAUCAUUAUUUUUUUUUUACUUUUGUUUUUAAACUGGUUUAUUCGCCUUCUUUGUAAAUUCACACUAUAAAUUUAGACUCAAUGCGUUAAAUGAUGGCAUUGAACUGUAAGAGUUAAUAAAUCGAAUCUCAUUAUUUUAA